UAUGAGGUAUGCAAAAAACCACCUGGUUUUUAAAGUUUGAAACUUUGGCGAGAAAAAGGAAUUCAAAAUUGAAAUUGAAGGGUCUCAUGCGCCUGAACUCUCAUUAUUCAAGCAGCCAUUAAGUGGGGGGGGGGAACUGGUUCGACUUCCACCGCCCGAAUCGCCGCUCUCCGGUUCGCGCUUUUGUUAUCUCAGGUUCAGUCUAUUGGCAAACUCACACAUGCAUUUCUGUUGGGAAAAUUAAAGAAAAUAAGAGGAAAAUGUCACUUCUGAGUAGAUUCUUUUACAAAAGACCCCCAGAUGGGUUGCUCGAAUUCGUAGAGAGAGUAUACGUAUUUGAUUCCUGUUUUUCCACUGAAGUCUUGCCUGAUGAAAUGUACCAAAUAUAUCUACACGAAAUCAUUACUGAGUUACAUGAAGAAUUCCCCGACUCGUCCUUCCUUGCAUUCAACUUUCGGGAGGGUGAGAAACGUAGCCAAUUUGCUGAGAUAUUAUGCGAAUAUGAUGUUACAGUUAUGGAUUAUCCUCGACAGUAUGAGGGUUGUCCACUCCUCCCAUUAUCUCUUAUUCAACAUUUUCUUCGUGUUUGUGAGAGUUGGCUCUUGAAUGACAAGCAACAAAAUGUUAUUCUUCUCCAUUGUGAGAGGGGAGGUUGGCCACUCUUGGCUUUCCUUUUAGCUAGCUUUCUCAUUUUCAGAAAACUGCAUAGUGGGGAACGCAAGACGCUUGAAAUUGUACAUCGAGAAGCUCCUAAAGGUUUAUUGCAGCUUUUGUCGCCUUUAAAUCCUCUCCCAUCUCAGCUGCGGUACCUUCAGUACGUGGCAAGGAGAAAUAUAGCUCCAGAGUGGCCACCUCCUGAGCGGGCACUUUCUUUAGACUGUGUUAUACUUAGAGCCAUUCCAAACUUUGAUACCCAAAAAGGCUGCACUCCAGUUAUCAGAAUUUUUGGUCGGAAUCUCCUUAGUAAGGGCGGGCUUUCAACCCAGAUGAUAUUCUCCAUGCCUAGGAAGAAGACACUUCGGAACUACCGUCAAGCAGACUGUGAUGUCAUCAAAAUUGACAUUCAGUGUUUAGUGCAAGGAGAUGUUGUAUUGGAGUGUGUCCACUUGGAUUUGGAUCCAGAGAGGGAAGUUAUGAUGUUCCGUAUUAUGUUCAACACUGCAUUUAUUCGUUCCAACAUACUGAUGCUGAAUUCUGAUAACUUGGACAUUCUAUGGGAUGCAAAGGAGCGCUAUCCAAAAGGCUUCCGAGCUGAGGUAUUGUUUGGGGAGUUUGAGAGCAUUUCUCCUCCUAGAGCUCCAACUACAACUUUGAAUGGUGAGGAGAAAGGUGGAUUGCCCCAUGAUACUUUUUCUAGGGUUCAAGAACUUUUCAAUGGAGUUGAGUGGAUUGAUAGCAAUGAUGAUGCGGCCUUGUGGUUUCUUAAACAGCUCUCUGUCCUAAGUGAUGCGAAAGAAUUGUCAAGGUUUCAAAACAAAAUGAGUUUAUAUUCAUCACCUGCUGACUCUGAAGAAGAAAAUAAUGCAUCUAGCACUGCUGACAGUGCUGAUGAAGCAUUUGACACUGUUUCCAAGGCUUCAGCAGAUUCAACAAAAGCAUUGAUGCUGGACAGUUUUGAUUCUGUACCCUUAUCAUAUGAGAAUGAUGGCCCACCUGAUGCGAACUUUACUUCAGAGCCUCCUGAUCAAGAGUCAUUUGGACCUGUCCUGGAUUCUCUUCAUCAGCAUUCAUUAGAUACAAGUAAAGGACCUCCACCUUGUUCAUUCCCUGAAUCAUUGGCACCAAAAUCCCUAACAACAGAACCAUUACGUCCUGCUCUUCACACUCUACCAUCACCUCCGCCGCCGCCGCCACCACCACCACCACUUCCUUUUAUUGGUGUUAGUAGAGGGUCUUCACCAUCCCCACCACUUCCACCCCUUAGCAUAUCCAGUAAAGAUUCUGUGAACCGCUUACAUUUGACUACUACUAGAGGUCCACCACCGCCGCCGCCACCACCACCACCACCACCCCUUGUUCCAUCUCAUUCUGUCUCUAGCAAAAGCCCACUGCCACCUCCUCCCCCACCUCCACCAACUUCUUCUACAGUGCCACCGCCAACCCCACCGACUCCUCCCUUUAAGUCUAGUCAGCAGUCUUUGCUGCCGCCACCACCACCACCACCACCACCUCCACCUCCUCCGUUUUUGGGAAGUACAACUAACAAGCUACCGCCACCACCGCCUCCCCCUCCUCCUGUAAGUAACAAUCUACAACCAAUAGUGGCACCUCGGCCACCUCCUCCUCCAUUGUCCACUUCUAGUUCUGUUUUUAGAGCACCUCCAGCUCCACCACCUCCUCCUAUGAGUGGUAGCCUUAGUACUAAUAAUAGGGCACCACCCUCGCCUCCUCCUCCUCCACCAUCCACUUCUAGUUCUGUUUUUGGAGCACCGCCAGCUCCACCACCUCCUCCUAUGAGUGGUAGCCUUGGUACUAAGAGUAGGGCACCGCCCCCACCUCCUCCUCCUCCACCGUCCAUUUCUAGUUCUGGGGUUGGAGCACCCCCACCUCCUCCUCCUCCUCCUAUGAGUGGUAGCGUUGGUAAUUAUACUAGGCCACCGCCCCCACCUCCACCUCCUUCAGGACCUACAAGGCCAACCCCACCUCCUCCACCACCUGCACCAAUGCCACCAAGUCGCGGUGCAACAGCAUCUGUGCCUCCACCACCUGGAACAAAGGGCUCUAGUGCACCACCACCACCGCCACCAUCAGUUGGAAGGGGCAAAGCAUCUUCUGGGCUGGGGAUUGUUGGAAAAGGCCGUGCGACUUCUAUUGCCCCAAAGAAAACUUCCUUAAAGCCCUUACACUGGGUGAAAGUUAAUCGAGCAAUGAAAGAGAGUUUAUGGGAGGAUUUUCAGAAACAAGGCAAUCAGCCAAGGGCUCCUGAAAUAGAUAUAUCAGAACUUGAAAGUCUGUUCUCAGCAGCCGCUGCUUCAGAUGUGCAUGGCAGUAAGACUGCUGGUCGACGUGGUUCUAACAUUACCAAACCUGAGAAAGUGCAACUGAUUGACUUGCGACGAGCGUAUAACUGUGAAAUUAUGCUUUCAAAAGUAAAGAUCCCCUUGCCAGAUAUGAUUAAUGCAGUUCUAGCUCUGGAUUCUUCUGUUCUUGACAUUGAUCAGGUUGAGAAUCUCAUUAAAUUUUGUCCUACCAAAGAAGAAAUGGAAACUUUGAAGAACUAUGCAGGCGACAAGGACAUGCUAGGGAAGUGUGAACAGUUUUUCGUGGAGCUAAUGAAGGUUCCACGAGUAGAGUCCAAGUUGCGAGUAUUUGCUUUCAAAAUUACCUUCUCUAGUCAGGUGAAUGAUUUAAGAUCUAAUCUGAAUACAAUCAAUGGUGCUGCUAAUGAGGUGAAGGAAUCUGUGAAAUUGCGACAGAUAAUGCAGACAAUCCUUACUUUGGGAAAUGCCUUGAAUCAAGGCACUGCUCGAGGAUCUGCUGUAGGAUUCAAAUUGGACAGCCUUCUUAAAUUGUCUGAUACCCGUGCAAGAAACAAUAAAAUGACUUUAAUGCAUUAUUUGUGUAAGCUCCUUGCUGAGAAAAUGCCAGAGUUGCUGGAUUUUGAUAAAGAUCUGAUUCAUUUAGAAGCUGCUUCUAAGAUUCAAUUGAAAGCUUUGGCUGAAGAAAUGCAAGCUGUGAGUAAAGGUCUGGAAAAGGUUGAGCAAGAACUUGCUGCUUCAGAAAACGAUGGAGCAAUCUCUGCUGGUUUCCAAAAAGUGCUGAAGAAUUUUCUUGAUACUGCUGAAGCUGACGUAAGGUCGUUAAUCUCCUUGUACUCUGAAGUGGGAAGAAAUGCUGAUUCUUUGUCUCAAUACUUCGGGGAGGAUCCAGCUCGGUGUCCUUUUGAACAAGUGACACAGGUCUUGUUCGUUUUUGUCAAGAUGUUCAAGAAGUCACGAGAGGAAAAUGAAAGACUUGCUGAGGCCGAAAAAAAGAAGCUUGAAAGGGAAGCCAUUAAAGACCGGACAGUAACCAAUUCAUCUGCAAGGAAAGAUGAUGUUAAAUAGAGCACCAUGAAAUCUACAUCAUACAGUUGAUGUUUUGGUGGCCCAUCGACGUAUUUGUUGCCAGAAACUGGUGGUCGAUUUAAGAAUCAUUUUCUACUUCACGCCCUAAUUCGACCAAGUUAACGCAAAUUACCCCUGCUUCGAACUCAAAACCUUAUGCCUGCAAUUCUUUUUGAGGCAGGUUUUACUUUCUCAGAAGCUGCCAUACAGGUCAAGAUCUGUCUACCCUUAAGCUCUGUUUUUGAAGAAACCGGAAACUGGACGGCGACUUGACAUUUACUUGUUCAGGUACAUCCUCUUCAGAGGGAUAAAUUAUGCGUAUGGUUAAGUACAACUCGCUCAAUUGUAUUCGAGCUGUAAAUAUUAUAACUAGAUAUGCUAGCACUGUAAUCUUUUCGUCACUAAUGUCGAAACGUUUUGUACCAUCUCAUCGAAAAGGGUAACGUUCUGUGAAUA